AUGGAAGUCAUAUAUACUCACACAAAUAGCUCUGCCAUCACAAUCACCACCAACGGCCACCACAAUAAUAGCAAGCCCGAUAAUCGAAACAGUAGAACAAAUCAUGAGAAUGGCAAUAAGCUAUUAUUGGGAAACUCCAACUCUAUUAAGCCUGGUUGGUUUUCAGAGUUUAGUGCGUUAUGGCCAGGUGAAGCAUUCUCUAUAAAAAUUGAGAAGUUGUUAUUUCAAGGGAAGUCUGAUUAUCAAGAUGUCAUGCUCUUUGAGUCAGCAACUUAUGGUAAGGUUCUUACAUUGGAUGGAGCAAUUCAACACACAGAAAAUGGUGGAUUUCCAUAUACUGAAAUGAUUGUUCAUCUACCACUUGGUUCAAUCCCAAGUCCCAAAAAGGUAUUGAUCAUUGGUGGAGGAAUUGGUUUUACAUUAUUCGAAGUUCUUCGUUAUCCUACCAUUGAAAAAAUUGAUAUUGUUGAAAUUGAUAACGUGGUGGUUGAUGUGUCUAGAAAAAUUUUCCCCUACCUUGCGGCUAAUUUUAAUGAUCCUCGAGUAACUCUCGUUCUUGGCGAUGGAGCUGCAUUUGUAAAGGCUGCACAAGCAGGGUAUUAUGAUGCUAUUAUAGUGGACUCUUCUGAUCCUAUUGGUCCAGCAAAAGAUUUAUUUGAGAGGCCAUUUUUUGAGUCAGUAGCCAAAGCUCUUAGACCAGGAGGAGUUGUAUGCACACAAGCUGAAAGUAUUUGGCUUCAUAUGCAUAUUAUUGAACAAAUUAUUGCUAAUUGUCGACAAGUCUUUAAAGGUUCUGUCAACUAUGCUUGGACUACUGUUCCAACAUAUCCAACUGGUGUUAUUGGUUACAUGCUUUGCUCUACUGAGGGACCAGAAGUUGACUUUAAGAAUCCAGUGAAUUCAAUCGACAAAGAUACAACUCAUGUCAAGUCAAAAUUACAACCUCUCAAGUUCUACAACACUGAUAUUCAUAAAGCAGCUUUUGUUUUGCCAUCUUUUGCCAGAAGUUUGAUUGAGUCUUAGAUCAAAUAAAGAACCAAGAUCGAUGGCUAGGAGUUGAGGGAUUGGAAUUCUUGAGUUUUGUUUUAUUUGUGAUAUGUAAUGGAUUAUCUAUCUCUAGAGAUCAGUUAAUUCAUGUAAUUUUAUUUUCAUAUCGAUUGCAAUAAAACUAUAGUAUACCUUAUUGGGUGUCAAAUAUGAUAUGUACUUGUACCAGAAGAAUUUCAUAUUAAAUAUCAGUGUUCAUUAAUUUCCUGAUUCACAAA